AUGCCCCAGUCGGAUUCCCAGAAGUCUACGUUAAGCUCCGGUCUAGGGAGAUGGAGACGCCGUCGUCGUCCCGAAGAGAGGGGUUUCCCAAAAUAUAGCAGAUGUGAGGAGGAGGCAGUGAUUAAGACGUCGGGAACGCAGAAAAACCCUGGUCGCCUCUUCCAUUGUUGUCCCUAUGGAUCUGAAGAGGACAAAUCUCACCUUUUCACCUGGACCGAUGAAUGUAUGGUUGAGGAGAUUGAAGAUCUAAAGGAUUUGGGAUCAUCGUCUAUUUCUUUCGUGGAUAUAGGUUUUCCAUACAUUGGUUACAACAAGCUCUACCCGGUUUAG